AUGCACGGUAUUAAGACACCAUCUUUCUUGCGGUCCUCUAGCAGGCCCUCCUCUCCUCUCCCCUCGCCACCGUCUUCUGGUCGUGGCGACUCUGACAGCGGAGCUGAACAACGUCCGGCGCGCCCAUUGACAAAAGCGCUCGCCUUGACUUCUUUCAGCCGAAAGUCCUCCCCUGCUCCGGCCCGUUCCACAACACCGGUGCCACUCGUACAGGACGGUUCGUACCUCGAGUCUCUUGGCCUCAAGCUUAGCGAGGCGGUCACCAAGGCGCUGGCGCAGCCUUCGGGCACAGUAGGAGCCGGUCCCACCGAUGUGCUAAAUGGGAAGCGACCCAUCCCUGCUGACCGGGGCCGUGUGUUGGGAGAACUCAUUGCCUCAGAGCUGCACGCGAGCCGAGGAAAUAUUCACCUGCAACGUGCAAUUCUCAGGCUCUUACACCGGCCGCUGUCCGUCCUCAUCACGAAUCUGUCUUCGAUCCUCCUUCCGUUGUUGUCGUCUCCCGCGUUUCUCAGUCCUGCUGCCCCAACGGUUUCAGCGCCUAACCCGAAUCCGACACAAGCGCAUGCACUGGCAGCUGCCAGUUUCUCAGGCGAAUUGUUGGAAUCCCUUGACGGCCUUGAUCUUGAUCUCAACCAUGACCAUAGGGGAGAUGGACUGAACAACUUUAGGGAGGGGCUCGUUUCGAUCAUUGGAAGAGUGGUUAAUCCUCUCAUCGGAGGCCUUAAGGGCGAUCUUUUACCUUUGAUUCGUGCAUUGGAGACGGUCCACCCGACUUCGUUGUCAUCGGUGUCAGUCAAGACAACGACUAGCUACAAGGCUACAGCACAUCAGCAUCAGCAUCCGUCCAUCGUUUCUUUGCAAGCGUUGAUGCCCAUCUACACAAAGGCGCUUCGUCGGUACACCGAGUCGAAGGCAACACAGGGCACGCUUGCUGCAUUCCUCAUUUCGGCUAUCUGGGCGGCUCUUGUAGCACUCUCGCACCGCCCAACCGUGCCUCGCUCCCGGUCUAACUCGAUGUCUGCAACUUCAGCAGCGUCAUCGACUGCAUUUAAGAAGCGCCUUGCCACGUCGACGACGCCACCACCUACUCCACCCCCUAGCCGAUUCUCAAUGAAGCUACCGGGCUCACGUCCUCCGUCUCCUGUUCACGCUCCAGUUCCGAGCACUGCUUCAGACGCACGCGUAGUGUACGAUUUGCUCAAUAUGCUACCGAGACCGUCUCCAACGGUAGAGGCAAACCGCAUUGCGCGCGAAGCGGUUGAUGAGGCCUUUGAAGCGUUGGGCGCGCUAACCGCCUUACUCGGUGCAGUCGAUUCAAGCACCGAAGUCCGCGAGGACUUUGAUUUGGAGCUACUCACCGAGGGUUUACCCGUACUCAUCGCCUUGCCAGUCUUACUUCGCUGGUCAGGACACGGCGAACCGCAAGUCAUACCCGCCAUGCUCGGUAUUGACGAGCGUGAGUACCGCGAGGGCUGUCUCUCUGGCUUUGGAAGGGCAGAUGAGUGCGAGGAGAUGGUUGCGGAACGCAUGGUUGAUAUACUGUGCAAUGAGGCGACUGAAGAUUUGAAGACGAAGGUUGUCGUGAAGUAUCUAGAGGGGUGUCUUGUGCAUUGA